AUGUAUGCGAAAUGCUCUCCAAACGGGGCGCUAAAUGUCUUAAAGGAAGUGUUCGACAGAAUUCAAGACCAUAACGUGAUGUGCUACGUUCAGAGUGGAGCACACGACAUGGAAGCAAUCGAGCUCUUCCUCGAAAUGGUUCAAACCCGAAUUACCCCCAACCAGUACACUCUCUCUGCAGUUCUUAAAGCGUGUGCAAGCCUCUCCAAUCCACUAAUCGGCGAACAAGUUCACUCUUAUGCAAUGAAGCUUGGUCUUUCAGCAGUCGACUGUGUAGGCAACUCUCUCAUCACCAUGUACGCGCGAUCAGGGAACAUGGAACACGCCAGGAAAGCCUUUGAUGUCUUGUUUCAAGCAUUCGAGCUCCUGCACGAAAUCGAAACCGAAAUCGAUUCCUUCACAUUCGCCAGCCUAUUGAGUGGAGCUUCGAGCAUUGGCGCGAUAAGCAAAGGCGAGCAGAUCCAUGCCAGGAUCCUAAAAUCGAGCCUUGAACCGUGCCUUCACGUCUCCAACGCUCUAAUCUCCAUGUACUCCACCUGCGGAAGCAUAGAUUCCGCUUCCCAAGUCUUCAAUUCCAUGGCAGAUCGAAACAUCAUAUCCUGGACUUCAAUGGUGACAGGAUUUGCCAAACACGGAUUGGCAGCUAAAGCAUUGGAGACAUUCGACGAGAUGGUGAAAGCAGGAGUGAAGCCGAAUGAUGUGACCUACAUUGCAGUUCUAUCAGCUUGCAGCCAUGCAGGGUUGGUCUCAGAAGGAUGGACACACUUCGAAUCGAUGAAGACCCAACACGGUAUCAACCCCAGAAUGGAUCAUUACGCUUGUAUGGUCGACUUGUUAGGCCGAUCAGGGCAUCUAAACGAAGCCAUGGAGUUCAUCAACACAAUACCAUUUAAGCCAGACCCUUUAGUCCUCCGAACACUCCUCGGAGCUUGCCAAGUACACAAAAACACAGACCUCGGCAAGCAUGUUGCCAACAUGAUCAUCGAACAGGACCCCGACGAUCCUGCAGCAUACGUGCUGCUUUCGAACCUCUAUGCAUCAGCCGGGCAAUGGGACAAGGUGGCAGAGAUCAGGAAACAUAUGAAACAGAGGAAUCUGGCCAAGGAAGCCGGCUGUAGCUGGGUCGAGGCGGGUAACUUGAUCCACAAGUUUCACGUCGGCGACACAUCACACAAACAAGCUUUCGAGAUCUACCAGGAGCUGCACGCGCUGGUCAACGAGAUCAAAGAGAUGGGUUACGUUCCGAACACGGACUUCGUGCUCCAUGAUGUUGGGGAAGAAGAGAAGGAGAAGUAUUUGCUGCAGCACAGUGAGAAGAUUGCUGUGGCGUUUGGGUUUAUUGGUUCGGUUGGGUCUUCCAAACCGGUCAGGGUUUUCAAGAAUCUGCGUAUUUGUGGGGAUUGCCACUCGGCUUUCAAGUACUUCUCGGUGGCCCGGGCCAGAGAGAUUGUGGUCAGAGAUUCGAACCGGUUCCAUCACUUCAGGAACGGGAGUUGCUCCUGCAAUGAUCAUUGGUGA